UUGUUAGGAGCCGGGUGCAUCACUGUGGAUUUUAAUCAAAAUUUUCACUGUUUUUGGAGUAUAGCAGUUUUCCCCGCUGAAGGGGUAAAAUCUGCAGACAUUGGGCGAAUCGCAAGCAAACACGUGAAAGUGACCGUCUCACAAAGAAGUCCUCCGAUCACAGGGCGAGAUCGCCAACGUACGGUCACUUCUCCUAAUGAUAUGAACAACAGCACAAUGAACCAUGUAAAUGACAAGGAGGAGAAUCAAGUCGAUCAUGAGGAAAUGGACACAGACCAAAAGGAGGACGACAGUCAGCAUGGUGGGACAGACAGCAAUGGUGGGGUGGUCAAUGGUGACGUGCAGGAAAUGGGGGCCACGAACCAAGAAGAAGAGAUGGAAGAAGAUGAAAGUCGAGCGGAGACUACAUUCAGAUACACAGUUGAAAACAUCAGUAAGCUGAAAGACACCGCCCUCAGUCCUUCAUGCAUGGUUAGAAACUUACCAUGGAAGAUAAUGGCAAUGCCUCGCAAUAACACAAAUGCAGAGCGCCAGAAAAGCCUUGGUUUCUUUCUACAGUGUAAUGGGGACACAGAAUCUUCAUCCUGGUCAUGUCAUGCUAUGGCUGAGUUGAGGAUCCUCUCACAGAGGCCUGAUGGGGAGCCUUUCACCAGAAAAAUUCAACAUUUAUUCUAUUGCAAAGAGAAUGACUGGGGCUUUAGCCAUUUUAUAUCAUGGGCGGAGCUGCUGGACCCUGACAAAGGUUUUGUGAAGGAUGAUAAGGUCAAUCUGGAAGUUCAUGUCAUUGCUGAUGCCCCACAUGGAGUCAGCUGGGACUCAAAGAAGCACACAGGCUUUGUGGGCUUAAAGAACCAGGGGGCCACAUGCUACAUGAACUCUCUGCUUCAAACUCUCUUCUUUACCAACAAACUCAGGAAAGCUGUGUACAUGAUGCCCACUGAGAGUGAUGAUGGUUCAAAAAGUGUCCCCCUAGCACUCCAGAGGGUCUUUUAUGAGCUGCAGUUCAGUGAUAAACCAGUAGGAACAAAGAAACUUACGAAAUCAUUUGGGUUCAGUAUGCAAUCAUACAUCAAGUGUAAACAUGUAGAGUAUGGAUCUCAGAAGACUGAGACCUUCUUUGAUAUUCAACUCAAUGUCAAGGGCAAGAAGAAUGUUCAUGAGUCAUUCAAGGAAUACAUCACAGUUGAGACGCUGGACGGAGACAACAAGUACGAUGCUGGGGAGUAUGGUCUACAGGAAUCAGAGAAGGGAGUUGUCUUCUUACAGUAUCCACCUGUCCUACACUUACACCUAAUGAGAUUCAUGUAUGACCCUAUCACAGAUGCCAACAUCAAAAUCAAUGACAGGUUUGAGUUCCCAGAGCGGUUGAACCUGGAUGAGUACCUACAGAAGAAGGAGAAGACUCCGGCCAACUACAUCUUACAUGCAGUGCUUGUACAUAGCGGGGAUAACCAUGGGGGGCAUUAUGUUGUAUAUAUCAAUUCAAAGGGAGACGGCAAAUGGUGCAAGUUUGACGAUGAUGUAGUAUCUCGGUGUACAAAGCAAGAAGCCAUAGAUCACAACUUCGGUGGUCUGGACGAUGACAUGACUGUCAAACACUGUACAAAUGCAUAUAUGUUGGUGUAUAUACGAGAAAGUAGUAUGAGUGAGAUAUUACAGCCAGUUAUUGAAGUAGACAUCCCAGAAACCCUCAAGAACAGAUUAGCAGAGGAAAGGAGGUUAGAUGCUCAGAAGCGAAAGGAGAGGACAGAGGCCCACCUGUACAUGAAUGUCCAAGUUUUGUUGGAAGACAGCUUCUGUGGACAUCAAGGAAAUGAUCUCUUUGACAUUGAGAAAGUCAAUGUUCGGAACUUCAAGGUGAAGAAAAAUGCAACCUUAGAGGAAUUCCUGGAAAUAUUAGGAGACAACCUGAAAUAUCCAGUGAAACAGAUACGGCCAUGGCCUUUUCAUUCACGGCAGAAUCAGACAUUCAGACCAACCAUUCUAGACAUUGACACAGAAAUCCAGAAAUCAAUUCAUGAAAUUGCGGAUAACGAGAAUCCGUGGUAUGUGUUUGUUGAGACAUUAAGUCCAGAGAGUGGCCUCAAGGAGUUGCCUCCCUUUGAUAAAGACAGUGAUGUGUUGCUGUUUCUGAAGCUGUAUGAUCCCAGGACCAAAUCCAUAUCUUACUGUGGUCAUAUCUAUGUGCCAAUAUCAGCCAAAGGUGUUGAAUUAGUGCCAGAAUUAAACCGAAAGGCAGGGUUUCUACCAACAACAGCACUGAUCAUCUUUGAGGAAGUUAAGCCAAACCUCCUUGAGCGACUUGAAAACUUGAACCAACCAAUUGAUAAACUCCUUGAAGAGUUGAUGGAUGGUGACAUUCUUGUCUUUCAACGUGAUGAGCCUGACCUCGAUGCCUAUGAGCUGCCCACUGUUAAAGAGUACUUCAGAGAUCUGUAUUACCGGGUGGAAGUCGUUUUCUGUGAUAAAUCAAUCCCCAAUGACCCUGGCUUCCCCCUGGAACUGUCUCUGAGGAAUAACUAUGACGCAAUGGCUGACACAGUUGCAAAGCACCUCGGGACAGAUCCCUACUUGUUGCAGUUCUUCAAGAGCCAGGGGUACCGAGAUGGUCCAGGAAACCCAGUGCGUUGUUCAUAUGAGGGAUCCCUGAAGGACCUGCUUAUUUAUGCCAAACCCAGGCAGCCCAAGAAACUCUACUAUCAGCAGCUGAGUAUAAAGAUCAAUGAAUUGGAGAACAAACGUCCCUUCAAGUGUAUCUGGGUCAGCAGCGAUCUCAAGGAAGAGAGAGAGCUGGUCCUGUAUCCCAAUAAGAGCGGGAAGGUCAGUGACCUGCUUGAGGAGGCUCGGAAACAGGUGGAAAUUUCUGACCAGUCGUCAGGUAGACUUCGCCUUCUUGAGAUCAUCAGCUACAAGAUCUUUGCUGUACAGAAGGAGGAUAUCUCCCUGGACUGCCUCAAUGCUACAGGGACCAAGACGUAUCGGGUGGAGGAGGUUCCCAAGGAGGAGUCUGUCAUCUCAGAGGACGAGCUGCUCCUACCUGUUGCUCACUUCCACAAGGAAGUAUUCUCCACAUUUGGUGUACCAUUUUUAUUGAAGAUAAAGCAUAAUGAAGCUUUCUCCUCAGUGAAAGAGAGGAUACGGAAGAAACUUGACGUCUCAGAGAAAGAAUUUGAGAAGUACAAGUUUGCAGUAGUCGUGAUGGGUCGACAGGAGUACAUUUCAGAAGACGAAGAAAAGGUGAACUUGUCACAGUUCAUACCACACUCUCUCCCAGGUGGUGGUGUGCAAGCCCGACCAUGGCUUGGGCUAGAUCAUGUGAACAAGACACCAAAGAGAUCACGCUACAACUACCUGGAGAAGGCGAUCAAGAUCCACAACUGAUGAUCUGUUUUCCCAAUCUGGUCAUCAUCAUCUUGCAUGAUCCUCCAGCGGUCAAAUCGUUGUGCCAUCUGCUCGUCUGUUGCUGAUCCAACCUUGGGUUGCGUGCUGUCAGACUGGGAGUUUGUGAUCAUGGCAGGGACCCUCGUCACACUCUCACGGACCGACCACUCUCACCUGUGCCCAAAUGGGGUCACCUAUCACGUUACUGACUUUUUAUUUUAUCUUUCACAAAAUGCAGCAAAAAACUAGUGAUAUAAUGAUUUCAUGCAAUGGCAAGGAAGAGAUGUAAUUGAGAAGUGAACAGGAUGUUCAUAGCAAACAUUUCGUAUGCUAGAAGUGCUAUUGUUCCUUAUAAUUUUCUUCAAGAAUCACUCUUUCCAUAAUACCACCUAGCAAUAUGUGAAGCUAACAAGGAAUGAAUAUCUAGGACAUGGAAGCCAUGGUUUUUCCCCAUGACCACUGUCCACAGUUGGUGGUUCCUUAACCAGUUCCUGACCAAUCCUUCUCAAGUAUCACAUGGCUGUGAAUGGAGAUGAUAAUUUAACUUCAUUCCUAUAAUUUGGUCAUCUUUUAGAGGACAGCUGAAAGAGCUGGUUUAAUUUUGUAUAUUUCUGUCUGUUGUGAAUGAGUCUUAUAAAGUAUGUUUUGUCACAGCAAAGUUUGGUGCAUGAAGGUGGAAUAUAUUUUACGUCUGUGAAUAUUAGAAAUCUGGAUCAAUUUUACCAUGAAAUUGUUCCAUCUUCAUGGCAUCAGAGGUAACUUGCAGUUCAGUCUGUGAUGAGAUGUGCAUCAUUUUAGGCGAAAAUAAAACAAAACCCAAGAAUAAAAUGCUCAAAUAAACAAUAAAAUUACUGUUGUCUUUACUUUGGUGUGCAGGAUCCAGAUGAAGGUUUCUAAGUUUCCUUGAAACUUGUUCUGUAUUGUCUAUGUCAAUGCUGUUCAGCACAUAUUCACCGUUUAAUAUUUAAGAUUUGGCAUAAUCAAAGAUUGUGGUCUUACACAGCUGGUCAGGCUUGAACAUGUUUAGACGAAGACCAGUCAUGACAUAACAAACCAGCAACACAGUCUACUGCUAACUUAAUGGGUGUAUGGUUUUGUUAUCUAAUGCCAGUCUGUGCAGUGGACUGGAUGGCACAAACUCCAGUAUGUCCACAUGGCAAAUGAGCACUUCAAUUUGCACUUACUUGACACUCAGUAUAUAUGUCUAUGACUACGAAAUGAUACUACAUGCCCAAAUUUAAGUUAGGUCAAAACCCUGUACCUUUUCUGAAACACAUGGGAUACUUCCUAAUUGUAAAUGUACACUAUUAAAUGAGUUUAAUAAG